UAACUGUAUUAUCACAUGUCAUAUACGUAAUCGUCUAUCGAAGAUUUAUUUAUUCUAUAAAAGAGCACCAGUAGUUGCUAGUAACACCUACAUAUACGUAAUAAAAAUUUUGCGAAAGUGAGAAAUGGAGGGCUAUUUUAUGCACGUUUCACAAGCAGUAACUGAAGCUAGAUUUGGAAAAGAUGUGGAGGAAAAGGUUUACUCCAUCCGUGAACUGAAAACCUGGAAGUUUUGGAGAGCGGUGUUGGCAGAGUUCGUAGGGACUAUGUUAUUUGUCUUCCUAGGAUGUGCUUCCACAUUAACUGACCCCAUAAAUCCCGUCAGAAUAGCGCUUGCAUUUGGACUGGCGAUUAUGGCCCUUAUUCAAAUGUUUGGUCACAUUUCCGGCGGACAUUUCAACCCUGCGGUUUCUUUGGGAUUUUUGGCGAGUUUUCAGAUCACUAUUUUUCGCGCUUUGUUUUACACAAUUGCUCAAACCAUUGGAGCCAUUGUGGGAGGAAUGAUUCUGAGAGGAGUGACACCAGGUGCAUUCCAUUCUAAUCUUGGAGUGACCAAAGUCUCCGAUAGCUACACUCUUUUACAAGGAGUUGCCAUUGAGCUGAUUUUAACAUUUUGUCUUGUCUUUGUUAUUAUUGCGACAACAGACGGAAACAGAACAGAUUUUGGUAGUGUUUCUUUGAAAAUUGGGCUCACGGUAGCAAUGCUGCAUUUUUCUUCCAUUACCUUGACGGGGUCCAGUAUGAACCCUGCCCGAUCUCUAGGGAGUGCUGUGGCCUCCAACGAUUACGACACACAUUGGGUGUACUGGGUAGGGCCUAUUCUUGGAGGCUGCAUAGCUAGCCUGUUGUACAAAUUCCUUUUCUCUCCAUACAAAGGAACAAUAUCGAACGAGGAAGCUACUCACAAAUUGCUUGCAGAAGGAAAUAUGAUUGCAAUCCCAAGGAAUUAUUUUACCGGAACAGCAGAGGCAGCAUUUAAUGGGAAAAAAUUGGAUUCUUCCAAUCUCUAAAUAGUUUACAGCAACAUUUAUAUAGAUAUAAGCUUUAUGAUAUCCAAAUUUCAAUUCCCUUUUUGGAGUUUUGACAAAAGUAGUGAUUAACUGCGCAGUUGAUCAGUAUAGUAUAACUAUUUUACCCCACCUCUGUAGAUUUUUCCGUGAAAUCCUGG